AUGUUCUGCACGAAAGCAUUACGUCCACUCGCGCGUUCCGCUCCGUGUGUUAUCCAAACAGGCACUACUGCACGCUUCCUCUCCAUUAGUCGCCCCGUCUACGCCACCAGUAGCACGACAACCUUGGGCACAAAAGACUUGUAUCCAACCACGCAACCACCCCUGUCAAUCCGUCCCGAUAAAGCAUCCCGCAACAAUGCCACGGGCGAUGAUGCCGCCGUGCUGGAUCGGAUGAAGAUUCGCGAGAUCUGCGAAGGCUGGGGUCUUUACCGGGAUGCCGCCGAAUGGGAGAAUUAUCGCAGCAUGUUUCACGACGAUGCCUACAUUGCGACCAGCUGGAAGCAGGGUCACAUUGAUGAAUUCAUCAAGGCAUCCAAACACGGCUUUGCCAAGGGUGAAAACUUCAUGUACAUCAUGCAUCGCCUCAUCGGGCAGACUGUUGAUGUCCAGGGUAACCGCGCUGUAAGCAAGAUGAAGGUAACCAUUACGUGCCGUUUCACAUUCAACGGCGUGGAGGUGGACAAUGAAGCGGAUUGCCGCUUUUUCUUCAUGCUGGAGAAGAGGGAAGGCAAGUGGGGAGUUUGCUUCUACACUUUGCUCUUUGACAAAGAUAAGAUGAUUCCGGUGCACCCUGGUCGGACUUUCGAUAUCCCAGAGGCGGAGGUCAUGAAAUACCCGAGUGGCUACCGCUACCUGGCAUGGUGUGAAGAUAAGAUUGACACGCCGCCGAAGUUGGACUUGAACUCCCAUGGGCCGGAGCGCGACAUUCUGUACUCAAAGUGCAAAGACUGGCUUGAGGGGAAGCAGGUCAAGCCGAACUUGACUGGGAAGGACACUGUCGAAAGCUGGUAG